AUAGGUGAUGCCAUUGCAAUUGUAAAGCCUCACCUCAAAACUCUUCUCCUAACUUUUUCUUUACAUAAAUUGAUAAGAGUUAUAAAUCAAAGCCAAGUUGAUAUUCUUUAAUCAUGGUUUAGUUUAGUCUGAAAAUCAAUAACAAGUGCAAAGCAUAAUUCUGGAGAAUACUGUGCAAACAACUAUUUCUUGUUUCUGAAAGUGGUGGAGACAAAUAUUAACAUGGUAAUGAACAGCAAGGAGCAUAGAGGAUCUGAGGAAAUGGAAGAAGGAGAAGUGAAGCACCCUCAGAAUGUUCCUGUAGGAACUAUAUACAAAUUAAUUGCAGAGAAUACCAAAUCAAACAGUUUAGUCAUUAAGAAACCAUAUGGGAUGAUUCCUCCUCACAUCAUAGCAGAAGCCAUAUCAACUAUCCGCGACAUCGAUCUUAGAUGGUCAGGUCCAAUCACACAGAAAGAAAUGGAGUAUGUACAACAGUAUGCCCUAGCAAAGUAUCCAGAAUAUGCAGGUCUCAUUGAAGGAGAUGGGAAUGGAACGAUAGACAUGUCUAGUUUCAUUAUCAAUGAUGAGCCUUCAGAACCCAUGUCAGCUGAUAGGAGAAAAACACCAAGAUCAUGCAGGGAGCCUUUGUUUGGCAGUAAUCUCCCUGAAAUGGACAGGACCCAGUUGGAGCCAUCAAGAUUAUUGGAUAUAUUCACUGAGAAAUCGUCGUUUCAUGGAAGUUUCAUCUCAAUCCCAGAAAUCCAAGCCCAAAACAAGGUUUUGAGGCAUUGUGGGUUGCCUGAUGAUGAGUACCUGGUUCUCUUCACUCCAAGUCACAAGGAUGCUAUGAUGUUGGUGGGGGAAAGUUACCCUUUUGUUAAGGGGAACUACUACAUGACAAUUCUUGGUGAACAAGAGGACUAUAUCAAGGAAUUUGCUUCUUUUAAGGAAUCUAAGGUUAUCGCAGCUCCGAAGACAUGGCUAGAUUUAAGGAUCAGAGGGUCUCAGCUAAGCCAGAACUUUAGGAGGAAGUGUAAGAUCACCCCAAAAGGGUUAUUUGCUUAUGAAGCAGAUGUGAAUGGGACAAUGCAUUGGGUUUCAGAGGCUCAUAGGAACUAUUGGCAUGUUCUGCUUGAUGCUUCUGCAUUGGUUGUGGGAAAGGAUAGCCUACAUCUUGGCCUUCACAGGCCUGAUUUUGUGGUGUGUUGUGUAGAGAACACACAUUCCAACCCUUCAAGAAUCAUCACUUGCCUCUUGGUGAGAAAGAAAUCUUUUGAUUCCUCCACAUCCCAGGUCAAUGGUUGAGUGACACUGAGUAUUUGUUUUCUAGUGCACUACAAGUAUCGAGUCAAACAUGUUCGGAACGGGGAUAUACAGAUACCAUGAGUACUUGUUUGUUAUUAUUUGACAGGCUUUGAAACUGCAUAGCAAUUUGUCAAUGUCUUAAUUGUAUCAUGAGCUCUCCUUAAAGCUGUGAAUUUUACUGACUCACUUUGUAGAUUGAAUAAAUGCUUUAGCCCGUAUAAAGAGAAAAACACUUAUUCCUGGUUUUGAA